UCAAUAGUUCUUUUUAUGAAUGAGUGAUACAAGAUGGCCGUGUAAACUUUGUAAACGGAAACGUUUAUUUUGAUGACUCGGAGGAAAAUUGCAUGCUUUAAACAUUAUUUUUGACCAGAGUGGAUCUAAUUGACACUACAUAAAACGAACUUGUCAAGAAAUUAAAUGAAUGUAGAUGACAAUGACCGAGGAAACACAACAAUCUGAGACAGCCGCACAAAAUGAGGCACAAACUAGUUCUCCAGACGUUGGAAAAGUUAAAGACAGUAAAAAAGAGAAAUGCCGACCAAUGACAAAGGUGGUAAUAAGAAGACUACCUCCAACUAUGACCCAAGAGCAAUUCCUAGAACAAGUUUCCCCAUUACCUGAACAUGAUUAUCUUUAUUUUGUGAAAGCUGACAUGUCCAUGGGUCAAUAUGCUUUCUCACGGGCUUAUAUCAACUUUGUCGAACAGCAAGAUAUUUUCAUGUUCAGAGAGAAAUUUGACAAUUAUGUGUUUGUGGACUCCAAGGGAACAGAAUAUCCAGCAGUAGUAGAAUUUGCACCUUUCCAAAGGCUACCCAAAAAGAGAGUAGGAAAAAAGAAGGAUUUGAAAUGUGGUACAAUAGAAUCAGAUCCUUAUUAUAUAAGUUUCUUGGAAAGUCUUAAGAAUCAGGAAGCUGAAUCUAAUGUAUCACAGCCAAAGACAGAAUAUUCCUAUCAACCACCUGACAAUACACCAAAAAAAGUAACAACCACACCUCUUCUGGAGUAUGUGAAACAACGUAAACAAGAAAAACAGCGUCAGAGAGAUGAGAAACGUGAUGAGAGACGACGAAGAGAUUUAGAAAGGCGAAGGACAAAGGAAGAUCCUAUAAUAUCUAAGGUAUUGAAAAAUCCAGAUCUUGAUAAAGAAAUAUGUAAAGAUAAUAAAGAGAAUAGGGAAGAGAAGGAUAAAUUUGCACCGAAAGACAUUAAAAAUCGUAUUAAAAAGGAAGAUAAAUUGCGCGAGAAGAUACCCCGUGAUCGAGAUUCCAAAUCGUUAAUAAAGACGUACAGAGAAAGAAUUGAAGAUAGGAAUAAGGACCGAGACAUUAAACAUCCAAGACGGCACGAGGAUAAGAAGAUAUACGGGAGGCGAGAUGAAAGGGAUGGUGUAAAAGAUGAUAGAAGAUUUGAUGGAAAAGAUGAUAGGAAGUAUGACUUUAAAGAAGACAAAGAGUCGAGGGAACGAAAGCUAGAAGAGAAACGAGGUAAAAGUUAUGAGAAAAUGAGGCAAGAAAAGAAAAGACUUGCGGAAACCAAAAAACAAAACGUAGAAACUAGUGUCGAUACUGAAAAUACUGUCAAAUUAAGAGGCGACGAGGAGGAGUUUCAAAAGAAGGAAUCUCAAGCCGAUUCGUAUGAAAACAUUAAAGAAAGGGAUGAACCUUUGGGCAAUAAGGAUGAUGCGAACAUUAAUAAGGGAAGAGAGAGUCAAGAGAUUAAUGACAAGAAAGUCUUGAUAGAAGAAUCUGUACAAAAUCUAGGAAUGAAAGAACAGAGAACAGAUAUAAAAACUUUCGAGAGCCACAAAGAUAUCGAGAAGUCAAAAUCUCAUGAAAAUAUUAAUAAAAAGGAUGAAUCUGAAGACAAGAAGGAUUCGAAAUUUACGAAGCGACGUAGCUCGCUUGAGAGCGGAGGAGAAGGUGGGACGGGAGACGGAAAUUGUUUAAGAAGGCACAAAUCUUUGGAUGGGGGGAAUCAAAAUAAUUUACAAAAGACUGAGAUUGAAGAUAAAGAGAAGGAUAAAAAAGAUCCACGGCUAGAACGUAGGAUUAGAAACAAGGAUCGCCCAGCCAUGGAGAUUUAUCGACCUGGUAUGGGAAAGUUUAGUAAGCAGAGAUUAGAACGAGAAAAAUCUAGUACUAACGAUGAACGAGCAUCGCUUUCGCAAAGUCCUACUCCGAACCCUAAUGCUAACAGUGUUUCGAAAUCGGGUAAACCUGGAACAGAAGUACGUUCUAUGACGUUUAAACGUAGCGUUAGCCGCGAUUUGGUAUAACGAAUACUAAAUUUGACUAUUCUCUUCCUAACAAUUAGCGAUGCAACGUGUUGAACCUGUGUUAACAUAAGAUUUUUACACUAGUCUUUCUCAUCACGUACAGUAUCAUAACAGUGUAUCUAUUGUACACAGAUGCAUAAUAAAAACAACAUACAGUGUCCUACUUACUA